UCAACCGUUCCCGCCAAAAUAACCCACAUCAACCCUCUGUGGACAGACCUCUCUACUUCCACACUCGCCCAACCCCAGCUUCUCGCCCUUUCUUUCUUCUCAUGGCUUCCGAUUCUUCUCCGGCCAACAUCAAUGGCGGACCUUCCUCUCCCGAUGACUCGUACUCGAGCCCGAUCGGCAACACUUUCUCGUCCCCAGGCGAUGGCACUCGCCGGAGAAGAGGGCGGCGGCCGUCCGCGUCUCCUGCAUUUGCGACUCCGCCACAUCCACACUCCCGAUUCGCCGCUUCUGAGACAACGCCAACUCCGUCUGAGGCAACCCCAACACCCUCUAGCGGACGCCGGAGAAGGGGAUCUAGAAGGGCUUCCGUGUCCACUCCAAUUGCCACGCCUUCAUCAACUGAUGAAGCACCGCCUUCGUCUGAAGGUGAAGGGGAUGACAUGGAUGAAGCUCCACCGAUGUUCGUGUGGGGCACGAACAUUAGCGUGCAGGAUGUAAAUGCUGCAAUUCUUAGGUUUUUAAGGCAUUUUCGUGAACACCCAUCUCAUACAGAGGGGAAGUACAUGAGAGCCAUACACAGAGUUCUUGAAAUAGAGGGAGAAUCACUUGAUGUGGAUGCCCACGAUGUGUUUGAUUAUGACUCGGACCUUUACACCAAGAUGGUUAGAUACCCACUUGAGGUUCUUGCGAUAUUUGACAUUGUUUUGAUGGACAUGGUCAGUAGAAUCAAUCCGCUGUUUGAAAAGCAUAUCCAGGCUCGCAUUUUUAAUCUCAAGACAUCAACAUCGAUGAGAAAUCUCAACCCAUCUGAUAUUGAGAAGAUGGUGUCAUUGAAAGGGAUGAUUAUUCGGUGUAGUUCAAUUAUACCUGAAAUCAGGGAAGCAGUAUUUAGAUGCCUUGUAUGUAGACACUACUCUGACCCCAUUGUUGUGGAUCGAGGGCGAAUCAAUGAACCAACAACUUGUGGGAGGCCUGAGUGUCUUGCCAAGAACUCCAUGACACUGAUUCACAACCGAUGCAGGUUUGCUGAUAAGCAAAUUGUGAGGCUUCAAGAGACACCAGAUGAUAUCCCUGAGGGAGGGACACCACACACUGUGAGUUUGUUGAUGCAUGACAAGCUGGUGGACGCUGGAAAGCCCGGUGACAGAGUUGAGGUGACUGGAAUUUACAGGGCUAUGAGUGUCAGAGUCGGACCAACACAGAGAACCGUUAAAUCUUUAUUCAAGACUUACAUUGACUGUCUUCAUUUAAAGAAGACUGACAAGUCAAGAAUGCAAGCAGAGGAUCCCAUGGAAGUUGAAAAUGGCUCAGGUAGAAAUGAAGAAGACACCCUGCUUGGCUAUGAAGACAAGGUGGCACAAUUAAAGGAGCUGUCAAAGCAGCCUGAUAUAUAUGACCGACUGACCAGGUCUUUGGCACCAAACAUCUGGGAGCUGGAUGAUGUGAAGAAAGGCCUUCUUUGCCAGCUUUUUGGUGGGAGUGCUUUGAAGUUGCCAUCUGGGGCUAGCUUCCGUGGUGACAUCAAUAUCCUUCUUGUUGGUGAUCCUGGAACGAGCAAAUCCCAGUUGCUCCAAUACAUACACAAGUUAUCUCCUCGUGGAAUUUACACUAGUGGAAGGGGGAGCUCUGCUGUUGGCUUGACUGCUUAUGUUACGAAAGAUCCUGAAACAGGGGAAACUGUUUUGGAGAGUGGAGCUCUGGUUCUGAGUGACAGAGGAAUCUGCUGCAUUGAUGAAUUUGACAAAAUGUCUGACAAUGCUAGGAGCAUGUUGCAUGAGGUGAUGGAACAACAAACUGUUUCAAUUGCAAAAGCGGGAAUUAUUGCCUCUCUUAAUGCUAGGACUUCCGUAUUGGCUUGUGCAAAUCCAAGUGGCUCACGUUACAAUCCUCGCUUGUCAGUCAUAGACAACAUACACCUUCCUCCUACCUUAUUGUCCAGGUUUGAUUUGAUUUACCUAAUUCUUGACAAGGCUGAUGAACAAACAGACAGGCGUCUCGCCAAGCAUAUUGUUGCUUUACACUUUGAGAAUCCUGAGAGUCUAGAGCAAGAUGUAUUGGACCUUCCUACAUUAACUGCAUAUGUGAGCUAUGCCCGAAAGCAUAUCCAUCCCAAGUUAUCUGAUGAAGCUGCUGAAGAGCUGACACGAGGUUAUGUUGAGAUGAGGAGGAGAGGAAACUUCCCCGGCAGUAGCAAAAAGGUUAUAACAGCCACACCUAGACAGAUUGAGAGUUUGAUACGCCUUGGUGAAGCCCUGGCCCGUAUUCGUUUCUCAGAAUGGGUUGAAAAGCGAGACGUAAUGGAGGCAUUUCGACUUCUGGAAGUUGCAUUGCAACAGUCAGCCACAGAUCACUCCACCGGAACGAUUGACAUGGAUCUCAUUACCACUGGAGUGUCAGCAAGCGAAAGGAUGAGACGGGAGAGUCUGGUAUCAACAACCCGCAACAUAAUUAUGGAGAAGAUGCAACUUGGAGGACCCUCAAUGCGGUUGCUGGAGUUACUUGAAGAGCUGAAGAAGCAAAGUUCUUGCAGCGAAGCGCACCUUAAUGAUCUGAGAAAUGCACUUGCCACUCUUGCUAGUGAGGGAUUUGUGUCGGUCCAUGGUGACAGUGUGAAGAGAAUAUGACUGGGUCUGGGAGGGAGGGAGGGAGGGAAGAGAACUACUUCAAUGGAGAUAGCCUUUAACUCAACUGCUCCUGUCCCCAGGAGCAACCGCUGUAGCAGCUUUACAUUACAUUUUAGUGGUCAAAUGUACUACUAUUACAUGAAUUGACUGAGAAUGUACAUAUUUUUACAUUACAUUAUAUGAAUUUUGGUUUGGAAUCAGAA